GCGUCUGACACUAACGUCACUGUUCGCCAGUCGGGUUCGGUACGCAUCGCGGCGCAAAAAUGUCGCGCGCCGUGCUUUUUAUAAGUGUUUUUGCCAUAUUUUUGGAAGGCCUCCAUGCUGGACAGGCGAGCACAGGGGCAGAACCCCAGGUGGCGGUGCUGUGUGAGGCGGGCGCCACCUACCACCCGCAGUACAUGUCUGCCGCCGGCCGGUGGACGCCGGACCUCACCACCAAGCCGCACAACUGCCUCAAGGACAAAAUGGAGAUACUGGAUUACUGCAAAAAGGUGUACCCCAGUCACGACAUCACGAACAUCGUGGAGGCCUCUCACUACGUGAAGGUCAGCAACUGGUGCAAGCUCGGGUCCGGCAACGCUGCCAAGUGCAAGGUCACCCGAUGGGUCAAGCCCUUCCGCUGCCUUGAAGGCCCAUUCCAAUCGGACGCGCUAUUGGUCCCGGAGAGCUGCCUAUUCGACCACAUCCACAACCAGAGCCGCUGCUGGCAGUUCGCCAGGUGGAACGCAACUGCUGGACGCGCAUGCGCCCAGAGAGGACUCCGACUCAGGACUUUCGCCAUGCUCCUGCCCUGUGGCAUCAGUCUAUUCUCUGGCGUUGAGUUCGUGUGCUGUCCUAAGCAUUUUAAGGAGAACGUAAAGAUGCACAAACCUCUGGACGUGGGAGUACCAGUCAGUCCUGGUGGCGAAGAGAUGUUGGCUGCCUCCGCUGCGAUGGACGAGCGUGAUGACGACUUGCUUGAUGAUGAUGAUGCACUUGAUGACGACGAUGAUGACGACACCCUCAACCUGAGCGACGACGAUGACGAUGAUGAUGCUGAUGACGCAGAUAUGGAUGAGGAUGAAGACGCAGACCUGUCUCGCGACGACGACGCGGAGGACGACGAUUACACCGACACUGAUGACAGCGCCUGGCCGCGCCCCGAGACAUCCGCCGCUCCUUCCACCACCACUUCUAGCACCACCACCACCACUACCACUACUGUGGCGUCAACAGCUACCUCUGACCCUUACUUCUCGCACUUCGACCCUCGCACGGAACAUCAGAGUUACAAGGAUGCCCAGCAACGUUUGGAGGAGACUCACCGAGAGAAGAUCACCAAGGUGAUGAAGGAGUGGUCGGAGCUAGAGGACCGCUACCAGCAGAUGAUGUCGACCGACCCUGCCGCCGCGCAGACCUUCCGCCAGCGCAUGACAGCCAAGUUCCAGUCUAACGUUCAGACCCUGGAAGAGGAAGGCGUGGCAGAACGCCGCCGCCUGGCCGCUUUACAUCAACAACGCGUGCUGGCUCACCUCGCCCAGCGCCGCCGCACCGCCCUUGCCUGCUACAACCGCUCGCUCCGGGACACGCCGCCUAAUGCUCAUCGCGUGCAAAAGUGCCUGCAGCGGUUGGUCCGCGCGCUGGCUGCGGAGCGCAGCGGCGCGUUAGCCGCGUGGCGCCGCGCUGCCGCCGCUGGCCGUGAGGCAGCCGCCGCUGAGCGCGCCAGCGCUGCUGACCGAUUGCAGGACGCCGACCGAGCUCUUCAACGCGCGCUGACGGCGCUCCGCCGCCGACCACACCUGUACGCCAGCAUUGGCACCGCUAUCGAAGACUACGUGCAGGUAAGGUCCAUGCAAUCGAAGGACGACAUGGCGGUAUCUCUGAUGUCGAUGACCCCGGAGGCGGAGGAGCUGUUAUUGGACCGUAUCGAAGCCGAGGUGCAACGGGAGCAGCAAGCGCGUGAGCAGAUGAACGUCAAGCGAGAACAGCGCACGCGGCAGCGCCAGGAUAUCCAAAAUGAACGGGCUAGGACCUCAAACGGCAUCAAGGAAUCAGAGGAGCUAGACGACGAGUCUCGCGAGGCCGAGGCGGGCGAGACGGCAGAUAUCCCCACCACAGCGGCGCCUCGGUCGGCGCCUCCCUCGCCGUCGGCGCCGCCUGCGCCGCCCGCGUCAGACCCCGUGCCGCCCGCCUCCACCCGCGCCAUCGACCACGAGACUACUAGCACUGAGAUCAUCACGAGCACUGUGACCGAGGCUCCGGAGAGCGAGACAGCUGACACCAGCUACGUAAGCGAGACUUCCAGCCGACGAUCUACUAGCGAGGCUGACAGCGAGGGUCUGAGCGCGCACCUGGCCCACGCUGACCUGGCGCCGCCGCCUGCGCACUCGCUCAAGCACGAGAUCCAGCACUCGCAACCAGGCUACACCCUCCGUUCCCAAGGCGGGUCGGGCGGCGCGGGGGCUCUUUACCCGGCACUGUGUGUCGGCGGCGCGGCGCUCGCGGCGGCCGCCUGCGUGGCGCUGGCCGUAGCACGCCGCCGCGACCGCGCGCCCGCUGCACAGGGAUUCGUGCAGCCUGCGGAUUUGGUAGAUACUGAGCGGCAUUAUAGUCCAUUCCUGUCCAUAUGCGUCUUCCCAUCGUCACCAUGUCAGGCGGCUUUGGGUACCUUCGUCAAAUCCUCUAAAGGCAACGGACAACGUCUGGAUGCUAAGCAGGUGGAGCAAACUGGCGCCGUGGCCCCCACCCCUGAGGAGCGACACGUGGCCAACAUGCAGAUCAACGGCUACGAGAACCCCACCUACAAAUACUUCGAGGUCAAGGAGUAAACCAGCCUCCCUCCACCUCCCACCAUACCUGACCGACUACACCUAUCGUCAGAGGUCUUAAUCUGAAAAUUCUAUCGGAUCCGUUCCCUUUCUUCGCAUACUUGAUGACUCUUGAGGGUUAAUGAGGUCUAUCACUGAUCUCACAACCCACACGAGAAGACCAUUCUUCAAAGACUUGUAGCCAUGACUCCCUUUUAUCAACUUAGGUUAUUAUUGGACACUGGUCUUUUUAUAGACCAUGUUCGAAACCGUCAGUUGCAAAUGACUGUAGUUCGUUGAUUGUAGAUGUUGACCACAGGUGGUGACUAUUAUGAUAUUGCAGGGACAGCGGUGUCACGCCUGGGUUGUACACGCAAUCUUAUAGACGGCAGCUGCAAAUAUGCAAAGGAUUUGUGACGGGUUUUUUAGACCUAACGAUUAAGGAAACAUGGUGUACAAUCCUUUAUAUCUUAUCAGUGGAGGAGUGUUUUGGAACGAAUGUGACGCGAUAUUUCUAUCAAGCCGGAUUAAGCAAAAGUUUGCGCUGGUUGGGCAGCUGGACGAACAACUGAAUUGCUUCUACAAGAGGUUUUAGUCUUGUAGGAUCAGCGGCGUUACUCGCUUUCUCGCAGUGGAUUUACACUGUAGAUCGCAAAAUUGGAUUAAAAGAACUACAAGUUCUUUAACAGCACUAUCGCUUGCAUUCACAGUUUUGACAAGCGGUGUGACUCUGCCUCAAGUUCUUUCCCAGCCACUUCUAUCUGCGUGGCAUUCGUUGCUCGUCAACUAAAUUUUCAUGAUAAGCUGCUGAGCUAAUAUUUCUUACUAGCAACAGUGAGUAAUCAUUAAAUAUUGAUGGGUAAUUGAAACCUCUUUCCCACUAAUAUGAUGUAAUGACUCAACAUUCGCAAUGCGAAGGGAACGCGAUCAUUUUUCAAAUUCCUUGUGAUGUGUGUUAGAUGCCCCGUAGCUACAGGGUGUUUUUGUACCCUACACCUAUUGUAUCUAUGUCCCCUGAUGAAUUAUUUAUGGAAUGAAUGUGUGUGAACCUAUCUAUGUAUCUAUCAUAAUGUUGUGGCUCACCAGGCCUGGUGGGGGGCACCUGUGUUGAUAUUACAGUUCAUUUCAAAAGCUUGUGUGAUUAGUGAAUAUACAUUACACCAUUUACAUCAGUUCGCGAUAACUCGCAGUCAGUCAAACAUACUUACUUGUCUAAGAUUAGAAGUGAUAAUUAUGAUUUUAUAUUUUUGUUAUUUUUUUGCACCAAAAUAUUUAUUAUUUGUUUAAGAUAGACAUAAGUUUUUUGUCUAGUGUCCUAGAAGUCAUAAGUGUCACCUUGUAGUCGAGUUUUUUAAAUUAAGUUUUCGAUACCGCAGCUCGGGUGGUGACGUCACCGGUCACAUGGUCACAUUUGGAAGCAUUUUCUUAAGACAUUUCAGCGAUGAUCUCAGUAUAAUUUGAUAAGGUUUAGUUGUAUGUAUAUCGCCCGCGUGUGACGUCAUCACUCGGGGCUGUGGAACAAACGUCCAUGGUACGCUGUGUAUAUAGGCUCCGCGUACAAAUUCGAACCUAAAUUACUUACUCUAAUGCCCGCUUUCCUUUACUUUUCUAACGUAGGUAGAACAUAACGUGAAUUUUAUGUAAUAAAAUGCGAAAAUAUAUUUUAAUAAUUAAUGUGUACUUAGCAAAGGGACGGGCGGCAUAGCCGGCGCGGGUGAACGCUUCAUUCCUCUAGCAUUCUUCUAGUCACUAUACGAAGCUAUCUACGCCUGUACUUAGGCAAAAUAUACUCAAACACUUUAUAAUUUUUGUGAUCGUACUGUAUGUACUGUCUCUUUCACUUCUCUAGAACAUCGUUUUCUAACUACGUUCGCCCGCGGGACAAUACUCUUAGUUCCCGAUGUGACAGAGCGCCGUGUACUCAACGUGAGUUGUGACGUCACUAUUUGAUAAACACGCCAGCAUUAUAUCGCAGCUUCGUAUAUCUAGUCAAAGUAGGGGCAUCAAGACGUUGCGCUGACGUCACUCGUGCGCAAGUACGUACACCUUGGGUACGCGGUCACAAGCAAGUAAGCUUAGUAAGUGAGUGUAUGUACGGUUAUGAUAUAAGUAGAUGUACAAAAAGUAAUACAUUAUAUAGAUGUUUUAGCGUCAGAUACAUAGAUAUAAAGCAAAAUAUAAUUAUAUAUCGCAUUCGUCCGUAAAUUAAGGGCUUACGCUCGUGUCUAUUCCACGUACCACCUUAAUGUUACGCCGUAGUUAAGAUGUAAUUCUGCCUCAGUAUUAUAAUACUUAAGCUUAUUUGUUACAUAAGCUAAUUUAUAUACACUAUUUCUAUUUGUUUACGGGCGGAGUGGCGCUACUAAAUGGAAGUCAUAUCAGAUGCAUCACGGCGCUUUUGGUUGCCCCUGUUUUGUUGAGAUGCAGUGUCUGUUCGGCCAAGUAGUGAACGCCAGAAGAAAAAAGGCUACAAACUUCUCGUUAAUAAAAACUGAAGAUGAUCCUUGUUCCGGAAGGCGCGUUAAGCCAUUGGUCCCGGUUACUACUUACUGAUCUAUGUAGUCGUUACAUGACUUAUGUCAGGGGCCUUUCGGCAUAUCCUUGUCACCAAGAUAGAAGAGAAGGAUAAAAACUGACAUAGGCGGUAACAUGACUCUUUUUCAGUAUGGAAACUGGGUACCCUCAGGCCUGUCGUCUUAAAUUUUGUACCGGGUGAGAGCAUUCAGCGCUCCUCAUUUUUCUGGCCAAGUACUUAAUGCAAUUUGCGGCAAAUCUAAAAUAACUCACGCCAAAAAAAACAGGAAAAGAGUGUCUCGGGAGUUAUGCGUGGCUGCUACGCGUGGUUUAACUCCGAAAACGCAAAACCUCUCGCUUGCGUGCUUAUACCGUGUAUUUAUACUUAACAACUUUUGUUCUAGGACAAGCGAAAGUUCGAGAUAUUUCUCUCAGUAGCUAUUUUCAAUAGUCGUGAAAUCACUAGUAAAGCUAUCGCACGUGAGGUUUUGUGUUAUGGUCACGUAAUAAUACAUCAAUGUGUAGAGCAGUGUUGCUUGAUAAUCGACUGUAUAUCGAUUGUUUUCUAAGCCCCUAAAUAAUCUAAAUACCAUCGUUCGAUCGAUCUAGUAUUGAUGCUGUUGAUAGGCAUAUUAAGGGCUCGAUAGUCGAUUGAUUUAAAAUUAUUCAGCAACACUAGUGUAGAUGAACUAAGUACACCGCAUCACAGCAACACAGGUGCGGUAUGCGCCCGCCCGCGCUUGUACGGCGAGUAAGUUAGUCACUGUAUAACGUAAGGUUAAUCCGCAUGAACCGCUGUGUAUUUUUACUACCGAUAUCAUCAGCCGACCACAUAUUUUUUUAACAAAACUUUUUGCUCAAAACCUACUUCUCUCUCGUCGGUUUCCUCAAAAAACGUAUUUUCUGAGUACUCAAAAGUUUCCCAUUAUACGUGUUCGGUAACAUUGAUGUUAGUAGUAUCCCCUGGUUUAUCCUCCCAAUCACUGUAUCACGUAUUUUUAAUAAGUACAUACUAUAAAUGGUUUGAUUUUUGUGUUACUGUGCUACAUUUUAUUGUGAGUUCGAAGUUCAAAUUGAAUCAAUAAAUAGAAAUU